CGGUAACAGAGUUGUCGAAGCAUAUGUUCUGGUAACGCUGUAAUGAAGAUGUUCCUUACUUUUCUAAAGCCUUUUGGAUUUUUUCUUCGUUUCUUGUGACUUUGGGAGAAGUUUGGAGUUCUCCCCGAACCACGGAUUCGACUCUUCAUGGUCCCUGGAUCCUAACUCGCCCUCAGUCAGUCAACAGCCGCAAGUGACCUUCCUCUACGGAAUACAAAAGCUUAUCUUCCUUCGUUUACUGACAUCUAACGUGGCUUGUCGCAGGUACCAAGGUCAUUAUUCUCGCAAUGGUGAGCAGGCAGAUUCCGACUGAGCUUGGCCAAGACCCACUUGUCAAAAGCAUUUUGAAGAGGGCACGGGGUAACUUUGCUGCCUGCGAAAGAGCACCUAUCGAGACAGAAAACAGAAUUGCAAGAAGUACCCUUGCUUCUGCCUGCCAGCUUUCUUCUCAGACAAAUGCAAAGACUACUAAUACCCCCAGUUUCAACUUCAGAAGCCGCAGACCACAAACACCAAAAGUAAAAUGGAAUACCGAAGUUAUUUCACAUCCGGUAUUCGUCAAAAUUAAGGUACUUUGUCCUAGUGCUAAGCGAAAUAUCCGAACCACAAAAAGUGCCCUCCAAGGAUACGUAAAGAACAGCUCUGUGCCCAGAGAGUCAGCUGAUCGCGCAACCACGGCUGCGUCACACAACGAAUCUUUGGAACCGUUGACGACUACGAACCGAGAAAUAAACAAGAUUAAAGGUACAGGGAGACAAGGCCCUCUCAGCCGUCCUUUACAGCUGCCAUACGCGAGACUCAUCCGACAUUCUUUCUCUUCUCCGGAAAAGAUUCCUGAUUUCCUAAAGCGCGAAUGUGCCUUAGGAAAGGGUAGCUCCUUCCACAGGGAAACUACGUCAUUAUCAACGCCUCUGGACCAAGACACAAGCGAGACCGGAGUUAAAAAGAAACGUUCUCUUAGCCGUCCAAUACAACAGCCGUUCGUAAGACUCAUUCGACAUUCUUUCUCUUCUCCGGAAGAGAUUCGUGAUUUCGUGAAGAGCGAAUGUGCCUUAGUAAAGGGCAGUUCCUUACACAGGGAAACUACGCCAUUAUCGACGCCUCUGGACCAAAGCACAAGCGAGAUGGGAGUUACAAUCAAACGCUCUCUUAACUAUCCAAUACAACAACCAUUGGUAAGACUCAUUCGACCUUCUUUCUCUUCACCGGAAGAGAUUCGCGACUUCGUGAAGCGCGAGUGUGCCUUAGCGAAGAACAGUUCAUGACCUGAAAACUCUUUAGCAAGAAGCUUCUGGACAUAACUAUUGAGGCAGAGAAAUAAAUGCACGAAUAGCUAUCUUAGAAGAUAGAAUAUGAUAAUUAUCUAAGGAAAAUAUGAAUAAAUUCACCAAUUUCGUUUAUGUUUUAGCAUUAGUCCUAGUUUGCAGUGUAUUAUAUGCAUGCAGGUAGAAAAGAAUAUAUAACCGUAGAGUGAUUUAUACAAUUUAUCCAGGUAACCUUUUUCUAAAUCUUCAUGAAAUAAAAUAGAAAUAUAUAGUGUUGUGAGGCAAAUACCAUGAACGGACUAAUUUUCGGAUUCUUAAAAAAAAAAAAAAAAAAAAAAAAAAAAAAAAUGCCAUUAAGGCUGUGUUAUGUAUCUUUUACCCCAAGAAAAAAAUAGUAUUUUAUUUUACUUUUUUCGGAAAUAAUUGAAAGUAAGUACAGUUUCCCUGCUUAUUAGUUCUCCAUUUUUGUACUUUAUAUUUUUUUCCUCCAAUAUGAAUUUAUUACAAUGCUAAUGUUUCCAAGUUCCAUUUUUAUUGCCGUGUUUUUGUUGAUAUGAAAGAAUCUAUAAAAAAAAAUCUAUGAUAAUAUUAAACCAAACAAUUUGACGUUCAGCACUAGAUAUAAGAAUUAUAUUUCACCUUUAAGAGAUUGCAACGGAUAAUUAUUUUUAAUGGUCUGUUCAUUUAUACUUCAUAUAUGUGUGUUCCUUAAAUUAUACAAAAACUAAAAUCUAAUUUCUUCGUAUAUUUGUGUUCCUUGAAUUAUACAAGAAUUAAAAUGUAUUUUUUUCCCCAAAUAUAAAUUCAUUUUCUCAAAUUUCAUCACGAGUUUUAUUUUAUUUGACAAAGUUAGAGCUCCGUUGACAUGAUGAAUACUAUAUAUGUAUUUUUUUCUCUUUCAAAACAUAAAA